UCUUUUUUUUUGGAAUAUUUGUAAUUACCCACUUGCCCUAAUUUUAAUUUUUAGCCAUCACCUCCGCGCGUCCUUACCCCCACUAAGAGAAGAUGCCCACUGCUUCCUCGCCAGCCAUCACCGCCUCUCCCUCCAAAACUACGCAGCCGCCCCCUCCCCUAUCUCUUUCCGGUCAGCGCAGUUUGAAUCACUGUCGUAACCUCAACCCUAAAGUUGAACUGAAAAAUCUCAUCAAUUACAGCAGAGCCGGUGACGGGCACACAUCCUCUGUGGAUUCCGGCAUGCCCGACCCAAUUAUUGCUUCCACUUCCUCGUCGCCGAUUUUAAUCGACGGGUUCGAGGAAGAUGCGGUUCUGGCCCGUUCCAAUUUUUUGCAUCGGGCGGAAGUUUUGCGGCGGCGCUCUCGUAGGGUCAAGCAGCUCGCCCGGAUAUAUCGGGAAUACUACUGGGCUUUGAUGGAGGAGUUGAAGAUUAAGUAUAGAGAGUAUUAUUGGGAGUACGGAAAAAGCCCUUUCCAAGAAGACAAUGAGGAGAAUAACAUCUCCAACGGGAACCGCGUUGAUUCCUCUUUGGGAAAUGGGGAAAACCCUAACCGCAACAACCUAAUUGGCAGCAGCAAUGUUAGUAAUAGGUGUGGGGUAAGCACUUGCAAAACGAAGGCCAUGGCUAUGACGAGGUUCUGUCAUGCGCACAUCCUAUCAGAUCCCAAGCAGAAGCUCUACAAGGCUUGCAAUUAUGUGAUCAAAAGUUCUCCAGCAGGGCCCAUACUCUGUGGGAAGCCAGUUUUGAGAUCUGUGGUUCCUUCUCUCUGCUCUCCCCAUAUGGAGAGGGCUGACAAACAUGCCACACGGGCUUUAAAGAAGGCGGGCCUAAAUGUAUCUUCAGCCAGUAAGAUCACUCCAAAAUUUCAGGUCAUACUCGUGGAGUUUGUAAACCAAAUUCAGAACAGGCGAAGGUCAUUGAAGGCCGCUGCUGCGUUAGAGAACUCAUAAAUGAAGGUCUAACGUCCCCUUGAAUGAUGGCGCUGAUGAUUACUACAUUCAUGAACAAACUUGACCAUAUAUUUCUCCAUGAACUGGCUAGUAGUGGGCAGCAACAUACUUGAUUGUGUGCUUCAAAUGUGUCACAUUUCUGUUCAAUUCAUUUGAAAUCAACCAUUUUGUCUAGAGACUAUACCUUGAGACAUUUGUAACAAAACUGAGAAGUCAUUGUUACUAAUAACACCUGUUAGAGAUAGGGGUGGACUGGGCCCCGGCCGGGCUCCGGGACGGGAUUGGGCGGGACUGGGGUUUGGGUUGCAGGCCCGGUACCAGCCCUGAGUUUGUACCGGGAUAGGGCCUGGGUCGGGUUGGUCAUUUUUUUAAAAAAAUGGCUUUUCGAAUUUAUUCCUAUCCCCCACAUCCGAAACCCCCCAAAAAACCUAGCCCCACCCACCUAGCUGCAGCCCAAUGCCCCCCAAAAAAAUGGGCCUGGGCCGGUCCACGAUUUAUGGAGCCCGUAGCCUGCCCCAUUCUUACCCGGUUCGGGACCCAGUCCUGAUACUGCCCGGCCAGGCCGGGUCGGGCCUGCACAGUACCGGGCCGGGUCCUGGGUCAGGCUGACCCGUCCCAGUCCAUUCCUAGUUAGAGAACACACCACGGUACCACACUAGACUGCUAGAGUACUAGACUAUUUGAAGACGUAAUAUGGACCGUUCUCAUGCAAAAUUGAAAACAUAACAUUGAUUUGGAUAAUGGAUCAUUGAACAACAUGUUGUUGCCAAAA